UUUUGAAAACACCAAAUUAAACUCUCGAACUUCUAAAAAACGUUCAAUGAAGCGUUUUAGCCGGUUAAGAAUCGAUUUCCCGGUUGCCUCCUGGCAGGCCACGUGGCAGUUAUUUUCUUUAUUUUUCCUUAUUUUUCUUCUUUUGGUUUUCUUUCUUUUUUCCCUUUCCUUUUCUUUUCUGGUUUUGCGUCGAUCCUCAUUUUCAUCUUCCAAGGGAUCUUACUUUCCAUCGUCACUUCUCUUUCUCUUUCUUUUUCGUUUUUUCUUUCUUGAUUUCUUUCUCUAUAUGUUUCUUUUUUCCAUUUGCAAAGGAGGAGAGAGGAUGUCUUCGCAUGAGAGAGAAUGUUGUCGCCGAAUUUGCUGCCGGAUUUUGCCAGAGAUUAUGGCAAGAAUAGUCGCGUUUGUUCUGAACCUUCUAUUCGGCGGAAGAAGCCGCCUGAGCUUAUGACAAAGCCGCCAAGGAGUUCUGAGGAACCAAGUAUAUUUUUUUCGAUACCGGGAGAUCUCAAAUUGAGAUUCUCAAUUUGCAGUUCGAUUUGAGCCUAAAACAACAGGGGUGAAUGGCCUCAGUCUGGACCAGCUCCAUUGAGUACUCUUCCUGUUCACAUAGAGGAUGUCGGUGAGUGCGCGCCAUCUUGGAGUGGCGGAGCGAUGCAUCGGGUUGGAGCAGUGGGGCGGUGGAGCUGUGCGUCGUCUUAGAGGCAGAGCAGCAGACCUUUUCCAUUUGAUGAAGUCCUUCCAUUCUAUCUCAUGAAGUGACACCCGGAGGCAGCCACAGAGGCAGCCGCGGAGGCCAAAGCAGAGGCAGCCGCGGAGGCAACCCAGGAGGCAACCGACUCGAAGACGAAGAGACCGAAGACGAUUAUAUCAUAAAUUAUGAUGAAUCUAAAUAUUAU